CGCUCGACGACGACAGACGCCUCAGGCAUGAUGGAGACCCCGGCAACGAUGCAAUCGAUCAUGGAGUUCUUCAGCAACAAGCAUGACGACGUGAAUCUAACGCCAGAAGAAACACGCAAGGUGUUCAAAGUGCUUGGACUGGAGCUCACCGACGACCAGAUCAAACUGUUAGAAGACAUUCCUGUCGAUGAGGUCAUCCAAUCCAUUGAUGCCCAGAGUGUGUCGCGGCCAACGUCGGUUGCCGGCGACGUCGACGAAGAAGAGGAGAAGCAAUUGCCCACACUAUCACACAUGCGACAGGAUAAUACCAUCUCGUACAACCAGCUCCACGAAUUCCUGCAAAAUUGCCACCUCGACAUUCCUCAGAGUGCAAUUCUUGAAUUCCUUUCAGGUUGCGCACCUGCCGCCACUAACCUUUUGGGGGCCGAUACGUUGUAUGUGGACAAGGAAGGAUUUCAAGCGUUCCUGCAACGGCACGCUGUCAGUGAACCCUCCCCCUCGAAAUCUGCGAAGAACCGCAACAAGAAGCGCAAGGCAAAAGCAAAGAAGCGCGCCAACGCCGCGGCUGCGUCUGGCGUCGCGCCGUAGUUAGAUUGUGUCAACCCCAAAUCAAGAUUUGGUUUCAUUCAUUCAAAG